AUGAUCUUGACUUAUAAUGUCCUAUUUGACACAGCUGGCACUCAAGGAAUAUUCACGCGCAAAAGGCACCUGGCAAACCUGAUUGUCUCCAACUUGCAACCACUGUCUAUUGUAGAAGAUGCUGGUUUCCAGGCAUUUGUGGAUGCCAUAAAAAAUCCUGGCACCAUUAUUCCAAAGGAGACAUUGUCUAUUCGCAAAGACCUUCUCAGAAUGUAUGAGGAGACAAGGCAGAAGGUAGAGCAAUCCCUUGCCUUGGCUCAUGAUAUUGUAUUAACAGCUGAACUGUGGGUUGCAAGAGCAGAAGAGUCCUACAUGAACCUACAUGAACCUACAUGAACAAUGGAACCUCAAUUCCUACGUAUUAGAAACGACUAAAGUCCUGGGUGAACAUAAAGCAGUCGACAUAGUGGAACAACUGUUAAGAAUUGCAAACGAUUGGAGAAUUAAAGAAAAGAUUCACACCAUGGUGACAAACAUAGAGGGAACCAUGAGAGAAGACAUUUCUCGAAAUGGAUGGACACACAUUCCUUGUUUUACCCACACUUUAAACCUGGUGUUCAAAGAUGUGUUGAAGGAUGAUCCUGUUCUAGAGGCUCUGCUGAGGAAGUGUCAGAAGAUUGUGAGGUUCUUCCACAGCAACAAAGAAGCUGAGAAAAAGCUAAAAGAGGCUCAACUCCAUCAGCAGUUGCCUCAUCAUGGCCUGAUACAGUCUGUUGGUGAUGGAUGGUUAUCCUGCUUCCACGUGCUGAAGAGACUUGCUGAGCAAUACAUGGCUAUCAACAUGGUGCUUAGCCAAAGACAAGAGUUUGACCUCUGUCUUAAUGGAUCUGACAUAACUAAAGCCUCCAGUGCUGUAGCAACCCUUCAGCCUUUCAAAGAUGUGACAGAGGAGAUGUCACAGGGAUGUGAAGACAUCUCUAAUAAUCAGCAGUACUACUUCCUCUCCAACAGCAUUCCUCUGGUCAUAAAACUUCAGAAGAAAAUCAACAAAGAAAAAUGUGGAAACGAGGUAGCUAAACAGUUAGCCAAACAAUGCACAUUUCAUUUUGGUGAUCUGAAGAAGAGCCAACGACUGGUCCUUACCACAGCCCCGGACCCAAGGUUCAAAAACCGCAUAUUGAAUGUCAACGACAGUGAAAGUGCUAAUCACUUCCUAACUAAACUACUUAAAGAUCUCCAAGCGAUUGCAUCUCCACUGGUAGUUUCAUCCGCAGUACCGAACAUAGUUCAACUGCUGAAGCAGUACAGUGAACACAGCUCAAUUCCAGAGACGGAAAACCCACUUGCAUGGUGGAGAUCUAAAGGAUCUGAGAAAUUCAAUGGAUUCUACAGUGAACCCCUUGGAUAGGGCUUUCCAUGAGACAGAUAAAAUGUUCUGCAGCAGACGAAGUUGCCUGGAGCCAGAGAAUAUCAACAUCAUACUGUUUCUGAAUAUCAACUACACUUCUUAG